CAGAGCGAGCGGCCGCCGCCGCCACAGCAGCAGCAGCAGCAGCACUCGGGAAGCCGGGCCCAACCGGGGCCUCGGGAGGCGGGGGCGCCCGGGCCCUGGAUGUCCCGCAGCGCAGCGGCCAGCGGCGGACCCAGGAGACCUGAUCAGCAUUUGUCCCCAGCCCCCUGUGGGGCCUCGGGGCCCCCAGAAACCUUCAGGACGGAGUCAGACGGGGCAGGCACCAUGAACAAAUUACGGCAGAGUCUGCGGCGGAGGAAGCCGGCCUAUGUGCCUGAGGCAUCGCGCCCACACCAGUGGCAGGCAGAUGAGGAUGCCGUCCGCAAAGGCACCUGCAGCUUUCCUGUUAGGUACCUGGGCCACGUGGAGGUGGAGGAGUCCCGGGGGAUGCACGUUUGUGAAGAUGCCGUGAGGAAACUCAAGGCGAUGGGCCGGAAGUCCGUGAAGUCUGUCCUGUGGGUGUCAGCUGAUGGCCUCCGAGUGGUGGACGACAAGACCAAGGACCUGCUGGUAGACCAGACCAUCGAGAAAGUCUCCUUCUGUGCCCCUGACCGCAACCUGGACAAGGCUUUCUCCUACAUAUGCCGUGAUGGCACCACGCGCCGCUGGAUCUGCCACUGCUUCCUGGCACUCAAGGACUCGGGUGAGAGGCUGAGCCACGCGGUGGGCUGCGCGUUCGCCGCUUGCCUGGAAAGAAAGCAGCGGCGGGAGAAAGAGUGCGGGGUCACGGCCGCCUUCGACGCCAGUCGGACCAGCUUCGCCCGGGAGGGCUCCUUCCGCCUGUCCGGGGGUGGGCGACCUGCAGAACGCGAGGCUGGGGACAAGAAAAAAGCAGAGGCAGCAGCUGCUCCUGCCGUGGCUCCUGGCCCUGCCCAGCCGGGGCAUGUGUCUCCAACACCGGCCACGACAUCUCCUGGUGAGAAGGGGGAGGCAGGCACCCCAGUGGCUGCAGGCACCACCGCUGCUGCCAUUCCCCGGCGCCAUGCGCCCCUGGAGCAGCUGGUUCGCCAGGGUUCCUUUCGCGGGUUCCCGGCGCUCAGCCAGAAGAACUCACCUUUCAAGCGUCAGCUGAGCCUGCGGCUGAAUGAACUCCCAUCAACACUGCAGCGCCGGACCGACUUCCAGGUGAAGGGCACAGGUGAGCCCUGGGACCAGAAGGAAGUGCCUGAAAUGGAGCCUCCUGGUACCGGUGACAGCGACGGCAUCAACGCUCUGUGCACACAGAUUAGCUCGUCUUUUGCCAGUGCUGGAGCGCCAGUGUCAGGGCCACCGUCUGCCACACCAGGGACUUCUGCCUGGGGUGAGCCCUCUGUACCCCCUGCAGCUGCCUUCCAGCCUGGACACAAGCGGACCCCUUCAGAGGCUGAGCGAUGGUUGGAGGAAGUGUCCCAGGUGGCUAAGGCCCAGCAGCAGCAGCAGCAGCAGCAACAGCAGCAGCAGCAGCAGCAGCAAGCCGCCUCGGUGCCACCAAUGCCCGCCAUGGCCCCCACCCUGCAACCCUUUUCUGCCCCAGUGGGGCCCUUUGACACUCCAGCUGCGCAGGUGGCUGUGUUCCUGCCACCUACACACAUGCAGCCUCCGUUUGUACCGGCCUACCCGGGCCUGGGUUACCCACCCAUGCCCCGGGUGCCUGUGGUGGGCAUAACACCUUCACAGAUGGUGGCCAACGCCUUCUGCUCAGCCGCCCAGCUCCAGCCCCAACCUGCCACGUUGCUUGGAAAAGCCGGGGCCUUCCCCCAAACUGCUGCACCCAGUGCCCCUGGGGGCCAGGCCCGUCCACGCCCCAAUGGGGCCCCCUGGCCCCCGGAGCCAGCGUCUGCUCCUGCCCCUGAGUUGGACCCCUUUGAGGCCCAGUGGGCAGCGUUAGAAGGCAAACCUGCUGUGGAGAAGCCCUCCAACCCCUUCUCUGGUGACUUGCAGAAGACUUUCGAGAUUGAACUGUAGCCCUAGUUACCCUGCCUUCCACUCCGUCAGCCCCAGGGGCACCACACUCAGGAGGGGAGGCGCCCAGCCUUUCCCCUAGUGCCGCUCCCUGAGCUGCGCCCCUCAAUGCCCCCUCUACGCCUUUCUCUCCACCACCCCUCACAAACCACCACAGAACCAAUAUUGUGAUGCCUAGGUUGCGCCAAGAAGGAAUUCAGGGAUGGACCCAGCCUCGCUAAGGGAACCAUUUCACUGCCGGACUUAGGCUGGCGAUGCCCUGUUCUCAGCCGCAGACACGGAAUGCCCUCUGUUCAAGCUUCGUCACCCACCCACCGACCCCCGCCCAGUUUCUGUUGUUGCCCUUUCACCUUUCAGUGUUGGGCAGGAUGGAGGAGGGAUGUCCACUUAGGGGCACCCCUGGGACCACCUCAAGCCUGGUCCAUCCCCUCCCUGCCUCCCCACCCCACACCCACACACAGCACAAGCUAAGGGCUUCCCUCUGCCCACGCUGCGUUCACUGCCAAUGCUGUGCUUGCCCUGCCCCCCUCCCCCAUUCGGGGGCCAUGUCUUCCGGAGGGCCAAGGUCUCACGGGGUGGGGCCCAGGAG